AUAGUAGUUUAUGUGACUGCUACAUAAUGAAAGGCAUUAAAAUACGAGUGUGGGUUUAUGAAACGAAUGAAAUGAGUUUCAUAAUAGUAUCACACGAGUGUUUUAAUGCCUAAUUAUGUACAGGCAAGUCGGAUGAAAAAAAAGAAUAAAAUGGUUACUGAAACUGUACAAGAUGAGAAUUUAGACCCGAAUGAAAAUUGUAGUACGUCUCAUGGCACGAGUAGACAACCUGCCAACAAAAAGAUGCUUAAAAGAUUGCGAAAGAAAUGUAAACUUUUAUCAAACAAAUGUAGGCGUAUCACAGCCUAUAACAGUAUUAUUAUCACUCAGAAGGAAACUAAUAGAAAAAAAUAUCAAAGGGCCAAAAAAGAAAUGCAAAAAACCAUCGAUAAUCUAAACUUACAGUUAGAAAAAUUGAAAGCAAGACAAGAAAUUUUAGAAAGCACAAUAAAAAAAACAUAUCAGAGUAACUGUAGCAAGAACGAAAAAACAGUUAUGCAAAAGUUAGUAAGGAAUUCGGAAAACAAAAACUUAGUCUCGAAAAUGCUAGGACUGAAGUUUAAACCCAGAGCUAAGCCAAAAAAAAUACGACGAAUUGAUAUAAAAGAAAUUACGCAAUUCUACUUGAAAGACGACGUCAGCCGUAAUACGGCAGGGAAAAAAGAAACACGGACUAAAAACAAAGAAAAGGUUCAGAUACGUUAUUUAUUGGAUACACUGGUUAAUACGUUCAAAAAAUAUAAAAGUGAAGGUGGGCGUUAUGGUUUCACGACAUUUUACAAGCACAAACCAUUUUAUGUCCUGUCGCCUGGUUUAAGCUCAAGAAAUACGUGCUUGUGCAUCAAGCAUAGUAACUUCGGUUUCUUGCACACUGCAAUGGUCAAACAUGGAUUAGUCACUGGUGGCAUUAAAGAAAUUAUGAGCAAAGUAUCUUGUGACACUAACAAUUACAAUUGCAUGUGGAAUAAAUGCCGACAAUGCAAAGACAUAAAUGUUGUCUAUGAAGUAACCAGUGAUGACAAAUUGGAUCAACCAGUCGAAUGGUCACAGUGGGAAAGAGUAGAUCAUAUCUAUCAGAAAAAUGAUGGCGAAACUACUAAAGAAAUGCGUACUAAAAAAACAGCAAAGGUUACGAAAACUGGAACCUUAAAUGACUUGAAAAAUCAGUACGAAAAAGACUUGGUAUUGUUUAAGAAACAUCACUUUAAUAUGAUUCACCAGCAAGCACAGUACCAAAAGGCUAUAACAGGAUUAAAACAAAAUGAAGCCCUAAUUGUUUGUGAUUUUUCCGAAAACUACGAUGCUAAGCUGGCGAACGAAGUCCAAUCUAUGCAUUAUGGAGCGUCUAAUCGUCAAAUAUCCUUGCAUACAGGCAUGGUAUUCUGGAAAGACUACUCGCAAUCUUUUUGCACCAUAUCGGAUAACACGAGUCAUCAGCCAGGAGCAAUUUGGGCACACUUAAUUCCUAUAAUUGAUAUGAUCAAGCAAAAAACCCCGGAUACGACAGUAAUCCAUUUUUUCUCGGACGGGCCAUCAUCACAAUACCGUCAAAAAAAAAAUUUUUAUUUAUUAGCUUACUUUACAGCUAAAUAUGGCCUCAAAUAUACGACAUGGUCAUUUUAUGAGGCUGGUCAUGGCAAAAACGUUGCAGACGGAAUCGGAGGGUCUGUAAAACGUACUCUGGACAAAAAGGUUUGUUGCGGUAAUGAUGUUGUCGAUGCAAAAGACGCGCACCAUUUGUUGAAGCAAAGUUUAAGAAUCACCAAAGUAUUUCUCAUUGACGAUUGCGAAAUCGACCGCAUAUCGAAUAUUUUACCUGCUACAUUGCCAGUGCUAAAAGGAACUAUGCAGUUGCAUCAAAUUAUGACCAGCGACAAUGGCGUACCGUUUAAAAUAAAAUACAGGCAUAUUAGUUGCUUCUGUGGGGAUAUGAAGGGACAAUGUGGCUGUUUUUCACCACAACCACAUUCCGUGACUACGUCUGACGUCUUAAUUGCUAAGACGGCAAUGUCUAGUAGUCUGUCUUGUGCUUCGGGAGUGAUCCCUGAACAAAACCUGACUGACGACAUAAGUGAAACAAUAACACUUGAUAACCAGCAUGACAAUGUACCAGAGCCUGAUCUACCCUUGGACUUGGUAGAUAUUUGUGUUAAACCUUUUACUGAUGAUACACCAGAAUUGAUUGACCAUGCCGUAUUUCCUUUGGGACACGAAAACAAUGUUUUGCUUCGGAAUAAUCAGGAUAGUAAUUAUCAAUGCCAACGUAACACCAUCGACGACAUACCAGUCAUUUAUGUCGAAGAAAAUCAUGAAAGUCUACCUGUAGAGAUAGAACCGGUCCGUGAAGACAUGGCAGAACUAGCGAAACAGACACCAGAGGUUGACUUAAUAUCUAUUGACGAAAUUUCAGUUAAUAUCCUGGAAACAGACAAGACAUCAAUGGCUGAAACAAUAUCAAACAGGAAAAGUCCGAUACCUGACAUUACCGUACACGUCAAAAACGAACCUGACAAACGCUGUAGAAGUAGAUGUCAUCCGCAAAAAAAGAUUUUGCAUCAGGCCGUAGAAAAAGUAACUACACGUUCAGCUAAAAAAAAUCUGAAACAAAAGACCCCACUACUGGACAAUACUAAACACACUGAAGAAACACAAGAGCUUGAGAAACAUGUUAGCAAAAAUAGAACCAGAAAACAGUUUUUACAUCAGAGAGUAGAAAUUGUAGAGACACGAUUAACUAAAAAAAAUCAGAACAUUAAAAGAGAAUUGAAGUCACCCAGUGAAGAAAAACAAAUACCCGACAAACGUAGAAUUAAAAAGGAUCAGUCAGCCGCUUUACAGGCUGUAGAAAAAGUCGUUACAAGCACAAAUAAAACAACCCAGGAAUCAAUGAAAUGUAAACAAGUUACUGAAAAUACCAGUAGCAGAAAACGUCCGCAGCGGUUGCUGACUAGUUUUCUUGAUUGUAACAAAUGUCUCACCUCUAUCUUGGGACAAAAAGGAAAAUGUAUAGUUUGCCAAAAAUGGUACUGUACUGACUGUAUUGAUGGCAACUUUGGCAUUGAUUAUAUAUGUGAUUCAUGUCUGGAAGGUGAGUUAGCAAUUUAGUUGCAUGUAUUGAGUAAUAGCAGUAUUAGUAUUUACUAGUUAUCAACAGAACGAAAAAAUAUUACAUCAUAUGUUUCUUUGUUUCAGGUUAAUACCUCGUACCAAAUCGAAUAGGUAUCGACGAUUGUCCAUACAACACUGUUGUACAUCAAUAUGGUAAUCUUUUGUGACGUGGACAAAAUUCUAACUAUGGCCGA